AUGCCCGCCCGCACCAUCGCCGUCGUCGGAGCCACGGGCAACCAGGGCAGCGGCACCGUGUCGGCCCUCCUCGCCCAGACCGACUUUGCCGUCCGCGCCGUCUCGAGCAACCCGGGCGGCCACAAGGCGCAGGCGCUCCUCGCUCAGCACAAGGACUCGGCGCACCUCGGUCGCCUCACGAUGGUCAAGUGCAACCUCGACGACCCGGACGAGCUGCGCGAGGCGCUCAAGGGCGUGUACGGCGUGUUCGCCGCCAUGCCCAUGGGGACAGAGCUGCGCGGCGGCGAGCCGGUCGAGGUCACCCAGGGCAAGGCUCUCAUCGACGCGUGCAAGACCGACGGCGUCGAGCACCUCGUCUACUCGAGCUUGCCGAGCGUCGACAAGAUCAGCCGCGGCAAGUACAAGCACGUCACGCACGCCGAGUCGAAGGCGACCGUGUCCGAGUACGCCCAGAGCCAGCUCCCGAACGUCACGCUCCUGUACCCGGGCAUGUUCUACAGCAACUUUUACUGGCCAACGUUCGCGCAGCGUGAGCAGGACAACUCGGUGCGCUUCUGCGCCCCGCUUAGGCCCGAUACGCCGAUCCAGUGCGUCGACGACCGCUACGACGUCGGCUACUUUGCUGCAGCCGUCUUCUCUGCCGGCCCGGCCGCCACGAGCGGCAAGACGUACGCGGUACAGGCGCCCGUCACGACGCCCGAGAAGCUCGCCUACGAGUACCACCUCGCGACGGGCGAGCCGACCCGCUUUGACCCGCUCCCGCUCGACGAGGCGGUCGCGAUGAUGAGCGUCCCUGAGGGUCGGGCGAGCAGGUUCAUCGACGACGGCGUCGACGGCAAGGCGAGCUUCUCGGCCGGCCUCGACCACGACGCGAGCCUCGAGGACCUCGGCGUGCGUGCGUCGGACCUGCAGUCGUUCCUCGAGCGCUCGGGCUUCCGCGUCGGGCAGAAGGGCUGA